GUCUAAAAGUGACAUUUGUGCAAACUCAUCGCGAAACAAAAAUUACACGGAGUUUUUUGUCAAGUUUCUCGCUGAAAAUCCCUCAAAAUGAGCUCAAUUGGUACCGGUUAUGACUUGUCGGCGUCGCAAUUCUCGCAAGACGGUCGCAUCUUUCAAGUGGAGUACGCGUGCAAGGCUGUGGAGAACAGCGGCACCAUCGUCGGUCUCCGAGGCAAGAACGGAGUUGUUUUGGCUGUGGAAAAGCUCAUCACGAGCAAGUUAUACGAAGAAGAUUCCGGUUCGCGUAUCUUCACGAUCGACCAGCACAUUGGACUUGCCUUUUCGGGCUUGAAUGCCGAUGGCCGUGCCAUCGUUCAAAUUGCUCGCGAAGAAGCCACAAAUUAUCGUCAGCAAAACGAUCGUCCGAUUCCCUUGAAACAACUCAAUGAUCGACUUUCGAGCUAUUUGCAUGCCUACACGUUGUACAGUGCGGUGCGUCCCUUUGGCGUAAGCGUCAUAAUUGCGGCCUGGACACCCGAAGAAGGUCCCGAAAUGUACAUGAUUGAUCCGUCGGGCCUGGCACUGGGAUAUUUCGGGUGUGCCGUUGGCAAGGCGAAGCAAAGCGCCAAAACAGAAAUCGAAAAACUCAAGUUGUCGGAACUCACGGCCCGGCAAUUGGCGAGUGAGGCAAGCAAAAUUAUCUAUCAGGUGCACGACGAGUUGAAGGAUAAGGAUUUCAAGUUGGAACUCAGUUGGGUGGGCGAAGACACGCAGGGACACCAUAAAAUUGUGCCCGAUCUUAUUUACGAGGAAGCUGUUAAGGCAGGCAAAGAGGCGAUGGACGAUGAUGAUGAUCUGGAAUAAAGAUUUUUUUGAUUUUCGUUCAUUUAAUAAUUUUUUUGUCUAUUCAAUAAAUUUUCAUUAAUUAAAAAAUUUGGUACUGUUUUAUUUA